AUGUCGUCGCGAGGAAGAGGCAGAGGCGGCGGAGGGUAUCAAGAUCGUGGAGGAUCACGAGGUGGAGGAGGCGGAGGAGGUUAUAGAGGUGGCGGCGGGGGAGGUUAUAGAGGCGGCGGGGGUCGAGGUGGUGGUGGUGGAGGAGACCGAGGGGGAGGUUCCUUUAGAGGAGGAGGAGGAGGAGGAGGAGACCGGGGAGGAGGAGGUUCUUUCAGAGGUGGCCGAGGUGGAGGGCCGCCUCAAGUCUAUUCCGGCUGCCACAGUGUUCCCGGCGGAAUCCCCGCCCCCGAUAAGACGGUGACCAAAACGGAAGAUGCUCUUAUAGCUCCGGGCAAAUCAGUCGACCUAAGUACGCUCGGCCUACAAGAUGUUCUCCCUCGCCGGCCAGCAUACGGCACUAAAGGAGCGGAGAUUACCCUGUGGGCAAACUACGUCUCUUUGACCGCAUCGUCCAAGCUGGUCUUAUACCGAUAUGAGAUGUCUGUCACCCCGGCCGCGACUGGAAAUAAGCUGACACAGGUUGUUCGCUUGCUAUUGGAGGCACCAGAGCUGGCCGAGUAUAAACAUGGCCUUGUGAGUGAUUUCAGGAAAACCAUCCUCAGCCGACAGAAAUUUAGUGAUCGGACCAUCAACAUCGCGUAUCGAUCCAUUGGACAAGAUGCACCAAAGGAGGAUGGUGUUCAGUAUCAGGUCAAGCUCCAUCUCACCAAUACCUUGGCCACCUCAGAGUUGAUAGAAUACCUCACGUCGACGAACCCAUCUGCCCAGUAUGACGAAAAGCUGCCCCUCAUCCAGGCUCUCAACAUCUUCUUGAAACACUACGCCAAGUCGGGCGACAACCUCGUCUCCAUGGGGUCGGCCGAAAGCGGAUCAUCUAAAACGUUUGCUAUAGGUCAAUUGUCUGAUACAUGGGACCUUGGAAACUGCCUCACUGCUAUACGUGGCUUCUUUGCCAGUGUCCGUGCGGCUACGGCUCGUGUGCUUGUCAAUAUCAACGUCAGCCAGGCUGCAUUUUUCCAGGAAGGCCCAUUGGAUCAAUUCAUUCUCCGCCUAGGCACUCAGGGGGGAUUGCAUAAGUUACAGGCAUUCAUCAAAGGGAUUCGAAUCAGAGUUACUCACCUACCUGACAAGCUAAAUAAACGAGGUAAACCCGUUUCGCGAGUGAGAACCAUUGGGUGGUUGGCGGAUAAAAACGAUGGACAAGGCCUCAAGAACCCCUCUCGAGUAAAAGCGUUUGGAGCUGGGCCAAAGGAUGUCCAGUUUUGGCUCAAAGAGGAUUCAAAAGAUACAAAGAAGCAGGGUGGGAAAGGCGCCAAAGCUCAAGGAGGACAGUACAUCUCUGUCUAUGACUUCUUCGCCAAACAGCAUAAAAUCCAUAUCCAAGAUACUCGACUGCCCGUCAUCAAUGUCGGCGAUAGAGCAAAUCCCAAUUACUUGCCGCUCCAGGUUUGUUAUGUGCUGCCUGGCCAGCCGUGCAAUACCACGCUCAGCACGGCCCAGGCCCAGCAAAUGAUCAGGUUUGCUGUUCGUAAGCCGUUCGACAACGCUACAUCUAUUGUGACAAAGGGACUGAAAAUUGCGGGCCUGUCUUCUGAAACAAACCCAUUAUUGGCCCAGUUUGGAAUCGAUAUUUCUCAGGACCUCAUUACCGUUUCGGGCCGCAUUAUCGCUAGCCCAAAAGUUGGUUACGGCCAGAAUCGACAAAUUCCCACGUUUGGGGGCAGUUGGAACAUGCUACCAAGGGACUCUCCGAGUCUCAAAUUCAGCAACGCCGGCAGUAUGCAGAAGUGGUCUUGCGUCUACAUUGAGAUGCCCAACGACUAUCCACACGCCCAGACAUUCACUAGUGCAGGCCUGACCGAAGUCUUACGGAGCUUCCAUGCCGUGCUGGGCGAUACCGGCAUCGCUGCCAGCCCGCCGCUUCAACCAUUUCAACGACUUCAACUUAGUAAUAAUGACGAUCCUGAACUCGAGGCGCUGAUGAAACGUGCCGCAUCAUCGCUACAGCUGCUCUUUGUCAUCCUGCCUGCAACUCCUAUUCCGUUGUACAACCGAGUCAAGUAUCUUGGCGAUGUGAAAUAUGGCAUCCAUACCGUCUGCAGCGUCGGCACCAAGAUUGCCAACCCCAAGGGUCAAGACCAGUAUCUUCGCAAUCUCGCGCUCAAGUUUAACCUAAAGCUUGGCGGCAACAACCAUCUCGUCGAUCCAACACACUUGGGAUUCAUUACUGAGAAUAAAACCAUGAUUGUUGGUAUCGAUGUAACUCAUCCGACGGCCGGAAAUAAGCAGGCUCCCAGUAUAGCCAGUAUGGUUGCUAGCAUUGACCAAAAGCUCGGCCAGUGGCCCGGUAUCCUCAGCAUCCAGCCUAAAAGUCGCCAGGAGUUGAAGGGCAAGCACUCAGAGUUUCCGGAAAAUAUCAUUGUAUACCGUGACGGCGUCUCAGAGGGGCAGUAUCAGCCGGUAUUAGACCAAGAGCUCCCGUUGCUACGAGCCGCCUGCAAAGAGAUCUACCCAGCACCAGAUCAAAAGAAAGGCUUGCCACGCAUGACUGUCGCCAUUGUCGGCAAACGCCACCAUACUCGUUUUUAUCCAACUACAGCCGCCGACGCGGACAAGGGCGGAAACACCAAGGCUGGUACUGUGGUUGAUCGGGGCGUCACGGAAGCUCGCAGUUGGGACUUUUUCCUCCAGGCGCACACAGCACUACAGGGAACGGCUAGACCAGCGCAUUACUAUGUCGUGCUGGAUGAAAUCUUUCGCUCACGAUACGCGAAGACGCCUGGAAAGAACAUAGCAGACGAGUUCACGAAUCUGACGCAGAGUAUGUGUUAUGCAUUUGGUCGGGCCACCAAGGCCGUGAGCUACUGCGCUCCGGCAUACUAUGCGGAUGUCUUGUGCGAGCGGUCACGGUGCUAUCUCAGCAGUUUAUUUGAGUCGCCGCCUGCUUCAGAAGCGACAUCAAUGGUGGAAGGCGCUGCGGGUGGUCUCAAUACUGGGGCAUUGCAGCAGGAGGUGCAGGUCCAUGAGAGGCUUAAGGAUAGUAUGUUUUACAUUUGA